AUGAACUUCUUGCGCCGUAGAAAGACGUCAGAAGAUGACGAUGACAACGAUAUCCUCGGAGAAGCCUCAGCCUCCAACAUUCACAAAUCAAGAAAACCACCUAACACAGCAUUCAGACAGCAAAGACUCAAGGCAUGGCAACCCAUCUUAACUCCCAGUUCAGUGAUCCCAUUCCUCUUUGUUCUUGCGGUCAUUUUUGCCCCACUAGGCAUUGCCAUUCUCCAUACUACCUACAGUGUUCAAUUGUUGACAGUAAACUAUUCCAAAUGCCAUCAAUUGGCCAAUUCUAGUUUUGAGUCUGUGCCCAAUAAAUACACCAGCUACCACUUCAAUCUGAACAAUAAAGACCCUGGCUUUAAGUGGCGAAUAGUGAACAGCACGGAAGAUGAAAAUUCGUCUGAUUUCUACCAAACUUGUGAAAUCCAAUUCGACUUACCUACUGACUUGAAGCCUCCGCUCUUUCUCUACUACAAGCUUACCAACUUCUUUCAAAAUCACCGUAAGUAUGUAGACUCCUACGACUUGGGCCAAUUAGGCGGUAAGGCUGUUUCGUCUGACGAUGUUACUGAUGCCUGCAAGCCGUUGAAACAUCGUGGAUCUGGUGAUUCCCAGAAACUUAUCUACCCCUGUGGCUUGAUAGCCAACUCGUACUUCAACGAUACCAUCUCCAGUCCCGUGUUAUUGAACACCAAGAGCAACAGCAUCAACCAAACAUAUCUCACCAGUGACGUAGGUAUCUCAUGGCCGUCAGAUAGAGACCACAAGUUUAAGAAAACAACAUAUAACCCAGACGACAUUGUGCCUCCUCCAAAUUGGGACAAAAUGUUCCCGAAUGGUUAUAAUGAGUCGAACUUGCCAGAUUUGUCAACCUGGGAACAUUUGCACAACUGGAUGAGAACGGCUGGACUUCCGUCAUUCUACAAGUUGUAUGGAAAGAAUACCACAGACACCAUGUCUUCUGGCCUGUACCAAAUCUCCAUCGACUUGCACUACCCCGUGACGGUCUUUGGCGGCUCCAAGAGCAUUGUCAUCACUACCAACUCCAUCUUUGGAGGUAGAAACAUGAGCUUGGGUGUGAUAUACAUCAUCGUCGCUGUGAUUGCCUUGGUGUUGGCCGUUGCUUUCUUGUUGCAACACUUGAUCAAGCCUAGAAGGAUAGGGGAUCAUAAUUAUUUGCAAGGCAACAAUGCUUUUUCAGGAGGCACCAACCACAGAGAGCAGUUAUAA